AUGGACAUCUACGCUUCGGCUCUAUCCCCCGGGAUGGAUAUCGGCACGGGAUGCUUUCUGCUCGUCGUGGCUGUUCUCUCCAUUGUUGGAAAUCUGCUGGUCCUGGUGAUGGCGUACAAGCGGUCGGCUAAGAUGAAGCCUCCAGAGUUGCUGAGCGUGAACUUGGCGGUGACCGACUUGGGCGCAGCGGUCACCAUGUACCCGCUGGCCAUGGCCUCGGCCUGGAGUCACCACUGGCUCGGGGGACACGCGACCUGUGUGUACUACGCUCUGGCGGGCUUCUUCUUCGGAGUGGCCUCUAUCAUGAACCUGGUCAUCUUGGCCAUUGUACGCUUCAUCGUCUCCCACAACAUGCAAUCUCCAAAGGAGACCAUCAGCUGGAGGACCGUGAAGCUGCUGUGUGUGUGGAUCUGGAUCUAUGCCCUGCUCUGGGCCCUCUUACCCAUCCUGGGCUGGGGUCGCUAUGGUCCCGAGCCCUUUGGCCUGUCGUGUUCUCUGGCCUGGGGCGCCAUGAGGGAGGAGGGCUUCUCUUUUGUGAUCUCUAUGUUUGUCUUCAACCUCCUGCUGCCCUCCAUCAUCAUCGUGUGCUGCUACUUUGGGAUAUCCAUCAAGCUCUACAUCACCUACAAGAAAUCUGGCAUCAGCUGCAACCGCAUGCCCAAUGUGAUCAGGCUACAUCGCAGGCUUCUAAUCAUCGCGAUCCUGAUCAGCGUGGGCUUUAUCGGCUGCUGGACCCCCUACGGCAUGGUCAGCCUGUGGUCCAUCUUCAGGGGCAUCGAUAACAUGCCCCCGGAGGUCAGCCUGCUGCCCUGCAUGUUCGCCAAGUCCUCCACCGUGUACAACCCUCUCAUCUACUACAUAUUCAGCCGCAGCUUCAAAGCCGAGGUCCACCAACUGCGCUGCUCUUGGCCUUUGCAGAAAGUGUGCCACAUGACGCACUCCAUGGAGGACAAUACUAUCUAUGUUCUGGAGAACAACGGCAAGUCCCAGCCCACGUUUCAGGAACCAACAGAGACCAGACUGGCCAACACAUCAUGA